AUGUUAACGCAGCAACAGAAUAAAUUCUUCAUCUUGCUGGCCCUGUUCGGUGCUGCCUUCGGGCAAAACCUGCGCGCUGAGGUUGAUCAGCUGCUCCCCUUCCUGAACAUGGAUGAGGUGCGCACGAUCUACCAACGCUAUGUGCAGACCGACGCCCAGGUCGGCGAGAUCUGGAGCUUCCUGCAGUCGGGCGAGACCGAUGCUGCGUGGCGUGUGCUGAUUAGCACCCCAGAGCUGCAGGAGAUCAGCGCCUGGACGGAAGUCCGUGGCGUUAGCAUCCGCGACUACCUGAACGGCAUUGCCGCCAUGCUCGGUCUGACCCCGAUCACCCGCUCGGCCAACGCCAAGUCGCCGGCUUCCCGCUCCUGGAACGCGAUGAUGGACGAGAUCCGUGCCGUCACCAAUCUGGAGGGCGCCGAGGCUCUGGCCCGCACUUUCAUCGCCAACCCGGCCAGCGAGUUCGGUGAGCUGUACCGCAUGGUCCAGGCCCGUCGCUCUGGCUUCACCAGUCUCCUCACGAACCCAGAUGUCACCCGCUUCUCCGGUCAGCUGCGCGCCUUCGGCGUCGACGUAGAUCAGAUCAUCACCCGCUUCCAAAACUUCUUCGGCUGGAACUAA